GCGUCUGCACCAGAGCGGAGGCCCGUCCCACUAAGCGCCUCAGCCCUGCAAACCAAGCGCCCCGGCGAAAAACUUUCGGUUUCCUUUGCGCUUCCGGCUUGGGCCCGCGCGGGUACAACGCGGCGGAGGGAUUCGAUCGCAGGCCGCGGCAGUCCCUCCGCCCACCCCCAAGUCGCGUGUGGAAGAAUGUCAGUGCUGAGAGACCAAGGUAUAGCAACCUGAAAGGGAUUCUUUUCAUGCAGAGUGCGCACAUUCUUCCACCUAAUUAAUAUCCUCAGAUCCAGAGACAUCCCCCAACCUCAGUGUUCAUGAGUGAAAGGACGCAUCAUGAGUAAUCCAAAAACGGUGGCCAGUCUUUUGCAGGAAUGCAAGCAAAUGUUGGAUCAGAUCUCACCAGAGAUGGAUGCCCAGCCCAGUGGAAAUGCAGACAAGCAUCAGCAGUACGGAGCUGUGCUCCCUGAAGAUUUGAGGACCCUCAUCAAAGAGGCAAAGGAAAUGAAGUGGCCCUUCGUGCCAGAAAGGUGGCAAUACAAACAAGCCAUAGACCUGGAAGACAAAACAAACCUGAAAGAUCUGAUCAACACAAAGAUGCAUGCGUUACUGGUGUGUUUGAAGGAUGCCAUUGCUGUCAGGGACUAUGAGACAGCAGCUGCCAUUGUGUUCCUGAUUGACCGAUUCUUAUAUUGGGUGGAUGGCUCCAGCUGGCUCCUUCAGAUUGCCAAAAAACUGCACAAACUUCAGCCCACAACACCUAUUGCUCCUCAGGUGGUGAUUCGCCAAGCUCGCAUCUCUGUAAAUUCAGGGAAACUCUUAAAGGCUGAAUACAUCCUUAGUAGUCUUAUUAAUGACAAUGGAGCAACAGGUGUGUGGAAGUACCCAAAAGAAAGCGAUAGGAUCCUUGUUCAGUCAGUCUGUAUACAGAUUCGAGGACAGAUUCUACAGAAAUUAGGGAUGUGGUAUGAAGCAGCUGAGCUGAUUUGGGCCUCUAUUUUGGGUUAUUUUGCACUUCCACAACCAGACAAAAAGGGGAUUGCUACUUCAUUAGGCAUUUUGGCUGACAUCCUUGUCUCAAUGAGUGAAUAUGAUUACAACCGUUUUAAAAGCAACUCUGAGUUUUUUAACCUGAACCUUCUCAAAGAUGCUGACCAUCGGUUGCUUUUGGCUGCUGAAGCAUGCAAAUUGGCAUCAGUAUUCAGCCAGUUCACACCACUGUUUGUGCUCACAGCAGUGAACAUCCGAGGGACAUGUUUGCUGUCCUACAGCUAUUCAAGCACAUGUCCCUCAGAAAAGCGGGUGUUUUAUUUGUCUGAAGCAAAGGAGUCCUUUGAAAUUGGUAUCCUUAGUAAGAAGGACAAAGAGCCAGUCACCAGCCAACAGGAACUCCACAGUUUUAUCAAGGCAGCUUUCUGCCUUACAAAAGUGCAUCAGCAACUUUAUGGAGAGAGCAAGAUACUAAGGCAAGUGAACCAUUUCUGCCUAGAAGCCUUGAAGAAGCUUUUCAUUUAUAGCCAUUCACCAUAUACUGAAGAGCAACACAAAGAACAACUUGCCAUGGAUAUCAUGUCACUGGUCAUGUCUGUUAAGGAGCAAUUGCAAGUGCAGAAUUUCUCUAAUUCAGAUGCCAAAUCUUACAUUCCAGAUAGCUACAAAACAGGUAUUGAGAAACAAAUUGUGAAUGGUGAACAGAGCUUUGAAAAGGUGCUAAAAAUGCAUUCUCAGCAUCACAAAGCCAUCUGUGAUGUUUUUGAGAGUGCUUGCAAGAGCCGUAAGAUGAGAUCAGGAGAAAGCCAAGAAGGAGCAUGUAUCACAGCUUUGAAAACAGAAACUAGAAAUAUGGAGACUGCAUGUACAACAGAAGAAAGAUUGCAUCAUUCAAAAGAUAGUGUGAAGAUUUCAGUAUCACAGGAAGCAAGGAAAAAUCAAGAAGAUCUUAAGGGCCCAAAACAACAGAAAUUAAGUCUCAUUGCUAUGAGGAAUACUUUCAUUGAUGACGAGACUGAAUCUUCAGAAAAAGAUGAAAACAAUGCUGAUGGUCUGCAAAGCAAUUCUCAGAGCAGGAGUGAAACUUCUCAUUCAUUGAGAUCUUGGAGCAAAGUCUCUAAAUUGAGUUCCUCUGAUAGUUGGGAAAAGAUUGACUGUGACAAAAAUGAAUCUUCCCAAGAAAAGGUAUAUAAUACAAAGAACAGUAAAGUUGAAGAGCAAGACUGCUCUAUAGCCUUGAGUAAAAAUGCCAAAGGAAGUGUUGAAGAAUGUGAUCUUGUCUCGUUAUCAUCCAAAAUGCAUCAGCUCUCUCUUCAAAAACUUCAAAGCAACUGCACAUGUCCAUUAAAGAAUCCCUUUCAGAAUAGCAUAACUUUGACUAAUGGACCAGCAGAAUCAUACCCAAAUUUCAGAGAAGGACAUCUGGAAGGCACAAAGGAUGCUUUAAAGUCACUUGGGAAAGCCAGUAGCACCAAUUCCAAAAAUAGUGAUGAUCCUUCAGGUGAUGUUUUAAGUCUCACUUCAUUUGAAAUAAUUAACUUCUCUACAGUGAUGGAUUCCAGUACCAAGGACAGCACCAAGCAUUCUGGUGCCAUUUCUAACCACAAGCAUUGCAACAUUGGGAAAGGAAAUACAGAAAACCCUGAAAGCUUGAAGAAACUUAAGGAAACAAUAUCUAGAAAUCUUGGGCCAUUAGUUGAUCCAGAAGGUGAAACUCUAAGCACAACUGAAGAUGCAGAAAUAAAUGCACAUCUGUCUAAUGAUAAGUUAAUGCCCACUUUCCUUAACAACAACAUGCUACCAUCAAAAUGUGACCAUUUUGUACAAACUUGGAUUAACAAAUCAAUUGUUAAGAUGCCUUCAGGAGAAUCCUCUGAAAUACCUGAAGUGGAUCCCCAAGCAGAAACAGCAGAUGAUUGGGAAUUUGCUCCUGAUGGUGGAAAGCAAGAAGUAGAGGGCCUUGCCGACAUGAGCAUAAUGAGAGAUCAACAAAAGGGCAGGCCUGAGAUCACGAAUUCUCCUUCAGAGCUGGUCAGCAAGCGAUUCUCUAAUCAAUCCAGUGAUUGUGUUACCACUGAAGAGGAUGAAGGUGAAAAGUUAAGAAAUACUACAAGCAACUCACACAGCUCAAGCUCUUCUCUAAAGUCAUGGUACAAAGCACCCGUUUUUUCCAGCAGUUUUUCCGAACUGGGUAGUCCUUCACUUUCAAACUCUAGUGGAAGCUCUCUUGUCUUUAUGGGUAAGACCAAAGAACAGAUCCUACAAGCUCGCAUUCUGAGCAAUGAGGACUAUGAGAAGCUUUUGUCAGGUGUUGAACAUACCUGGCUAAUGAAGAAAAUGAAGAAUAUGGGGCUCUUUAAGCCAAACCUGCUCCAUAAAGCACAUUCCGCUCUUCUUUUGAAAUACUCUAAAAAAUCUGAGCUUUGGACAGCCCAGGAAACAGCUGUAUAUAUUGGAGACUAUCUGAAUGUGGCAAAGAAAGGCAAACAAAGGAAUGCAUUUUGGGUACACUUUCUGCACCAGGAAGAGGCUCUGGGAAGGUAUGUCGGUAAAGAGUACAAAGAAGAGAAGGAGCUUCUCUACCAUUUCUGUGAUGUGGAACGGCAAAUGACUGCCCAGUACUAUGUGACGGAGUUCAACAAAAGGCUGUAUGAGCAAAACAUCCCAACACAAAUCUUUUAUAUCCCAUCAAUGGUACUCUUGGUACUAGAAGGCAAGUCUAUACAAGGAUGUGUAACUGUGGAGCCCUAUAUUUUAGGUGAAUUUGUGAAGUUAUCUAAUAAUACCAAAGCAGUAAAGCUGGAAUAUAAAGCCACAGAAUAUGGACUUGCUUUUGGCCACUUCUGCUAUGAGUUUUCCCAAGGCAGAGACGUGGUGGUUGAUUUGCAAGGCUGGGUGACUGGUAAUGGAAAAGGCCUCAUUUACCUCACUGACCCCCAGAUCCAUUCUCUCUCUCAGAAAGAGGCAUCGUUCCUUACAAACUUCGGGAAGAAAGGGAUUCACUAUUUCUUCAACAAUCAGCAUACAGAAUGCAAUGAAAUCUGCUAUCUUCUUGCACUGACAAGACCUGUGAUAGAAAAUCAAAACGACAUGGGGUCAAGAUGAGCGCAUAUUCCCAAGAGACUCUUUGGCCACUUAUUGGCAAACCAGUGUUUGUAUGUCCUGCAUCUCUAGCACUGAACUCAACCAAACCCCUACAAGUUCUAAGUUAUAACAUUUUUCUUGUCUUAGAAUAUCACCCCCACCAUUUUAGUAGAGGAAAAAUGCACUGCCCCAUCUGUGCCAAAGGGGCGGGGGGAAUCUGCGUGUGACUGGCAAUUCACAAAUUAAAAGCAAUGUGGAAAAGGACAGAAUUUAUUCCACUUUAAUACUGUAUUAAUUUUGCAUAACUAAUCUUUAUACAUAGUUGCUUCAUGCUAGCCAUUGGCUCUGCAGGCUGGGAGUUGCAGGCCAACACAUCUGAAGAGCACCAGAUCGGGGAAGGCUGCAAUAUCCAGAUGCAAUGUUGUGGGACAUUAUCUGUACUUUGUGUAAUGCAAAGUACAGAAUUAACUUUUCUUUCUGAGAA